UUGGUAUGCGAGCGAGUGUGAGGGAGGAGGCGUCGGGCAGAGCUUGGUACUACGACCGGCGCGGGCAGGAGGGGGCGGGGGGAUGCGCCGCGGCGGCGGCGGUGGCGGCAGCCGCGCGGGCGCUGGAGCUGGAGCUGGAGCUGCUGUUUGGAGGCGCCAGAGCAGCGGAUCCUGUUCUCGCUGCCGCAGCAGCGGGGGUGUCGCGCGCGGCCUGAAGACGCCGUACCUCUCUGCCCCCCACCUUUUUUUUUUUUUUUUUUAAAUAACCGGAACCAAUGAACGCAGCCGGGACCCGAGCUCCGGAGGCCGCCGGUGCCGAGGGAACCAGGCUGGCGUCCGGCGGGAGCUCGCGUCCGAGGCGGCGGGCACAGCCCGAGGAGUCACGGGCGGCGGCGCCUCUCGGAGCGGGCGAGUGGCAGGCUGCCGGGGCGCCGCCACGAUUUCUCCCCGCUCCUCUGCGCCCUCAUCCCCACGCGACUCCCGGCCCGGCCUCCGGCCGGCUGCGGCGGCAGUGCUGGGCUGAGCUGCUGGUGCUCGCGCUGUUGGUGGCUGGCGCGGCGGACGGAUGCGAGCUGGUGCCCAGGCACCUCCGUGGGCGGCGGGCGGCGGGCUCUGCAGCGACAGCCACCUCCUCACCCGCCGCGGCAGCGGGCGACAGCCCGGCGCUCAUGACAGAUCCCUGUAUGUCACUGAGUCCACCAUGCUUCACGGAAGAAGAUAGAUUUAGUCUGGAAGCUCUUCAAACAAUACAUAAACAAAUGGAUGAUGACAAAGAUGGUGGAAUUGAAGUGGAUGAAAGUGAUGAAUUUAUCAGAGAAGAUAUGAAAUACAAAGAUGCUACUAAUAAACACAGCCAUCUGCACAGAGAAGAUAAGCACAUAACUGUUGAAGAUUUAUGGAAACGAUGGAAAACAUCAGAAGGUGAACAACUGAUAGCAGUGCAUGAACCUUCAUUUAUGAUCUCUCAGUUGAAAAUCAGCGACCGGAGUCACAGACAAAAACUUCAGCUCAAGGCACUGGAUGUCGUUUUGUUUGGACCCCUAACACGCCCUCCUCAUAACUGGAUGAAGGAUUUUAUCCUCACAGUUUCUAUAGUAAUUGGUGUUGGAGGGUGCUGGUUCGCUUACACGCAGAAUAAGACAUCAAAAGAACACGUUGCAAAAAUGAUGAAAGAUUUAGAGAGUCUACAAACUGCAGAACAAAGCCUAAUGGACUUACAAGAGAGGCUUGAAAAGGCACAGGAGGAAAACAGGAACGUUGCUGUAGAAAAGCAAAACCUAGAGCGCAAAAUGAUGGAUGAGAUCAAUUACGCCAAGGAGGAGGCUUGUCGCCUGCGCGAGCUGCGGGAGGGAGCUGAGUGCGAGCUGAGCAGACGCCAGUAUGCGGAGCAGGAACUGGAACAGGUUCGAAUGGCUUUAAAAAAGGCUGAAAAGGAAUUUGAACUCAGAAGCAGCUGGUCUGUUCCAGAUGCACUUCAAAAAUGGCUCCAGUUAACACACGAAGUGGAAGUACAGUACUACAAUAUUAAACGACAGAAUGCAGAAAUGCAGUUAGCAAUUGCUAAGGAUGAGGUUGCUGCUACAUAUCUGAUUCAGGCAGAGAAAAUUAAAAAGAAGCGAAGCACAGUCUUUGGGACUCUGCACGUUGCACAUAGCUCCUCCCUAGAUGAGGUAGACCACAAGAUUCUGGAAGCCAAGAAAGCUCUCUCUGAAUUGACGACUUGUUUACGAGAACGGCUCUUUCGCUGGCAGCAGAUUGAGAAGAUCUGUGGCUUUCAGAUAGCCCAUAACUCGGGGCUCCCCAGCCUGACCUCCUCGCUGUACUCUGAUCACAGCUGGGUGGUGAUGCCCAGAGUUUCCAUCCCACCCUACCCAAUUGCUGGGGGAGUUGAUGACUUAGAUGAAGAUACACCCCCAAUAGUAUCACAGUUCCCUGGGACCAUGGCUAAACCUGCCGGCUCGUUAGCCCGAAGCAGUAGCUUGUGCCGCUCUCGCCGCAGCAUCGUGCCAUCCUCACCGCAGUCGCAGCGCGCUCAGCUGGCUGCGCAUGCUCCUCACCCGUCACACCCGCGGCUCGGCGCCCACCACCCCCAGCACGCACAGCACUCCUUGCCUUCCCCUGACCCAGAUAUCCUCUCGGUGUCGAGUUGCCCAGCUCUUUAUCGAAAUGAAGAGGAAGAGGAGGCCAUUUACUUCUCUGCGGAGAAGCACUGGGAAGUGCCCGACACAGCUUCCGAAUGUGACUCCUUAAACUCUUCCAUUGGGAGGAAACAGUCUCCCCCUUCAAGCCUUGAGAUAUACCAAACCUUGUCUCCUCGGAAGAUAUCAAGAGACGAGCUCUCUCUAGAAGAUUCCUCCAGAGGAGAUUCGCCCAUAACUGCAGACAUCUCUCGGGGCUCCCCUGACUGUGGAGGUCUGACAGAAACAAAGAGCAUGAUCUUCAGUCCCGCAAGCAAAGUGUACAACGGCAUCUUGGAGAAGUCCUGUAGCAUGAACCAGCUUUCCAGUGGCAUCCCGCUGCCCAAGCCUCGCCACACGUCCUGUUCCUCAGCUGGCAACGGCAGUAAACCCGUUCAGGAAGCCCCUCACGUUGCCAUCCCACAUGACCUCUGUCAUAAUGGAGAGAAAAGCAAAAAGCCAUCAAAAAUUAAAAGCCUUUUUAAGAAGAAAUCCAAGUGAACUGGCUGACUUGAUGGAAUUCCGUACAAGCGGCAAAUCUAAACUCUUAUCUCCCCCGCCUCACUCCCCCUCGCCCACCUUUUUUUUUUUUUUUUUUUUUCGAUUUUAAUUUUAGGAAUGUAACUCCAUUGGGGCUUUCCAGACUGGAUGCCAUAGUGGAAUGCCCUUCGGGGCAGCUGUCUACUGUCUGCUUAUUUAAAUGACUCUCUAACCAGUUCAUCAAGCCAGUUAUUACUGAAAAGUCAUUAAGAGAAGAGACAGUUUACAGUCCUUUCUGCCUAUUUAUUUCUGCUUUGUUAUUAGUGAUGUAUAUACAACAUUUUGUUGAAAGCCACUAUGGACUUACAAGCUUUAAUGGACUAGUAAGCCAGCAUGGGCUUGCCAAAACCUCUUGUUUACCAGAGCAUCUUCUUAUCUUUCCACAGAGCUAUUUACAUCCUGGACUAAAUAACUUAAGAGAAGUAAAACUAAUUGCACUACUGUUUUCCAGACUGGAAAAAAAAAAAAUCUCUGCAAGUGAAACUGUAUAAAGUUUAUAAAAUGACUGUGGAUAGGGGACUGUUUUCACUUUUAGAUCAAAUGGGUUUUUAAGUAGAACCUAGGGUUUCUAAUUGACUCGAUUUCUGGAAAUGAAAACCCACGCUUUUAUUAUGGGAAGCUUCUUUCAAUGCAUUUAAUAUUAUAAAGUUUCAAGUCCUGCUGUAAAGAUCAUGUUGUUUUGUUUUUCCCAGGGCUUUCACUGUGAUUUACUGCACUGCAGGCUGUAUGAUAAAUAUAAAUAAUUUAAAGAGAGAAGGCUCUUGAUUCCUUAUGCAAGUGGAAGUUAAAACUUGAUUGAAGGACUUCAAACAUUCACAAACAUUCACAAGCUUAAACUGAGGUGGGGGUUGUGGGGAUUCAGACAUUUGUUUACAGACUUUGAGUAACUGCAAAGGAUUUACGGUUUGUGAAAAAUUUGUACUGUGGAAAAGAUAAUAAAUCGGAGACAUUAUUGUGUGGGGCUGUCUGAUUUUUGUUGAGAGCACUCCACUAAAAACACUACAAGUUUCCUGGAGACCUAUGGAAGCUGUCUUGUUGCUUAACUGCAAUAUAAGAAAGAAAUAGUAAUGUUUUGGAAGUAAGUUGUCAACAAAAUUUCUUUCCAUUUUAUAUCCUGUGUCAUAUUUUUAUGUAGUUUGAAAUGUUUAAAUGUUCUAAUACCAAGAUUAACAAAUAUAAAUUUAUGGUGCAUUUA